AUGUUUGCUCAUCUUGAUGUUGAAAGCAGUAAAAUUCAGUUGCAGAAACGUACUCCCUACAAUGGGACAAAUCGAGAAAAUUUCUUGUCCUUAUUAGUGGAUGAGUUUUUAAAUACUACUUCAAAAGAUGCGAAAUGUCAGGUGUUAGCUAACUUAGCUAACUUCGCCUACGACCCCAUCAAUUAUGUCUACAUUAGGGAUGUCGGUGUUCUAGAUAUAUUUUUGUAUGUUGUGAAGAAUGAAACAGAAAAUAAACUCUUACAUUUUGCUACAGCUGGUAUCUGUAACUUAUGUUUAGAUCCUUUAAAUGCGGAAUACAUAUUGAAACAUUUGGGAUUGACGCCUUUAACUGCAUUACUCAAUUGUAAAAGCACUGUGAUUGAAGCAAAUAUUUUGACAAUACUGCUAAACCUUUACAAUGAACAAACGAAGCUAGAACUACAAUCGGACGAAAUCAAGCAAAUCAUUUUGGAUCACUCAAUGUCAGAAGAUAAAAUGGUGUCUAAUUUAGCAAAAAUAUAUUUGAAUGACAUCUUCAAACUAAACAAUCAACUUUAAAUACCAUUCAAAUUAUAAGUUGUAAAGAAGCCACAAUAAAAUGAAUAAAAUGCUUUCAAAUAGAUUUCCAUAUUUUGUUGUGAACAAUAAAAACUAUCAAAAGAUAUGCAAAAUACAUACGUCAUCAUUCAGUAGUGCAGCAUUCAAGGCUGGCGACAAAAUCCGAAUACAGAAAACCUUAACUCAAAAGGACUUGGAUGCAUUUUCGAACUUGACUAGUGAUCAUAACUACUUGCAUCAAAAUAAUGGUAACAAGAGGCCCAUUGUGCAUGGUGCUCUGUUGAAUGGUUUGGUUGCUGGACUCAUCGGCACUCACUUGCCUGGUCCUGGUACAGUGCUUGUAUCACAGACAAUUAAAUUUCCCAAUAAAUGUUUUGUCGGUGAAAAACUCACUAUUAGUGUGGAACUAGUUGAUGUGAGGAAAAUUCUUAAAGUGAAGUUUUAUUGCAUUGUCGAGGAAGAAAAGAAGGUUGUGUUUGAAGGGGAGGCCAAACUCAUGUUGGCUAAAGACUGUUGAAUAUUCAAAAUUAUUUAUUACAUUAUUUAUGCAGUUCAUAUAGUAAUAUGUAAAUGUAAUUAAGUAAUGAUAUUUUGAAUUGAAGUCCUAAAUAUUGUCUAGUGCCAAUAAAAAAGUCAAAUUUAUAAAAUAAUAAUGUUAAAGUACAACAUAGUAUUAGCUCAAAUUGUAACAGUAUGGAUUUUUUCCGAUACUUCCUUAAGGGAUUCUUUAAAAAGAUCUGUCCAUAGAUUGUACAAUUAUUCAAUAAUUAAUUAAGACUGAUAGUCUCUAAUCAACUACUUAUACAUAUAUUUAAAAUGAUUUGCCUCUUGUACAAGUUAUUUAAAUUUAAGUACAACUCUACAAUAAUUAACACCAUCUAUGUCAUUAACUCGAUAAAUCCAUUGAAUAGUGUAUAUGUUUACAAAGAAAUGAUAUCAAAAAUAAAAUAUUCUAUAUUAUAAUUCUGCUUUGUUAAGAAUUUUUGAUGUUUGUCAAUUCUCACUUACAAAUAAUAGUACAUAUAAGAUUUAUUUUCAAUGCAUCAUAUUACAAAAAUAGGAUGUCAGGAUAUAUACACCAGUAAUAAUAAUCAGCGGAAUAUUGGCAUUCUAAAAUACUAUUGAUCAAGUUGUAGUAUUCAAUUUGCAUUAAAAUACGGAAUAGUUCUAUCACAAGUGGAAGUUCUACCAAUACUGAUAGAGGACAAGAGAAAAUCUAAUUAUAAUUGUCUACUCAAUAAUGGCAUAUAAGUGUAAAUGUUCCCUUCAUUUGAAUUAUUCAAUAUAAAUAUCAGGAAUGCUCUACUCUGAAUUUUAAUACAAGUUUAUAGUGUGCAUGCUAUAUUAUGUUGUUGUCUGUAAGCAGUAUUGUUGAUUAUUACUGCACUUUUCGUUGUUAUUUUAAUUUCUAAUAAUUAAGCAAUGUUUGUUGUUUCUCCUUUGUUGUUAAUUUUACAAUUUAUGCUCUCAGUUGCUUUCACAAAUAAAUGUG